AUGGGUGUUGAUAUCCGCCACAACAAGGACCGAAAGAUUAGGCGCAAGGAGCCCAAGAGCCAGGACAUCUACCUGCGGCUGCUGGUCAAGCUGUACAGGUUUCUGGCCAGGCGAACCAACUCCACCUUCAAUCAGGUUGUGCUGAAAAGGUUAUUCAUGAGUCGCACCAACCGGCCACCUCUGUCCCUGUCCCGGAUGAUCCAAAAGAUGAAGCUUCCUGGCCGAGAAAACAAGACGGCUGUGGUUGUGGGGACAGUCACAGAUGACGUGAGGAUUCUCGAUGUGCCCAAACUGAAGGUGUGUGCACUGCGGGUGAGCAGCCGGGCCCGAAGUCGCAUCCUCAAGGCUGGGGGUAAGAUCCUCACCUUUGACCGGCUGGCCUUGGAGUCUCCCAAGGGCCGUGGCACUGUGCUCCUGUCUGGACCUCGGAAGGGCCGAGAGGUGUACCAGCAUUUUGGCAAGGCCCCAGGAACCCCACACAGCCAUACCAAACCCUAUAUCCGCUCCAAGGGCCGGAAGUUUGAACGUGCCAGAGGCAGAAGGGCCAGCCGCGGCUACAGAAACUAA